UGACAAUGAAAAUGGUAUAAGCCAGCAUAAAGAGACAUGUAGUAAACUUAUGUAUGGACCUACUAGAGGGUUUAUUGAUAGUUUGAUCUCUAAUAAUGAUCUUAUUGAAGAAGUGCCACAAUUGGCUGCGUUUAAAAGUUAA